AUGGUCGCUAACAAGGAAUUCGUUUUCGCUAUUCUGCUGCUCGCCGCUUUGAUGGGCGAGGCUUUGUGUCAGCAAGUUGCUGAGGAUAAUGCUUCUGAUGUUGCUGAAGGCCGCACAUUCAGCCAUCACUUCCUGAAGCGUCUGAGUUUUGCUGUCAUUCCCGGCGCCUUUGUGAUUGGCGUGAUCACCACCCUGCUAGCCGCUCUCACCGUUGUAUCCAUGAAGGGUCUGGGUGUCGGUGUGAUCCUUUUAAUUUUGGCCAUCGGUCAGAUGCUUUCUCGCGCCAUUCCACAAGUGCAUGCUGCUGCCUAUACCGCUCCAGCCCCCGUGCCGGUGGUGUACUCGCAUUCGCACACCCAACAGCCCGUUUGGCUUGAGAAGGAGUGGUAAAAU